UGAUACGGUCCAGCUUGGGCGCAUGAGAAGUUCGGACUAGUCGGUAACUCACCCACGUUUUCCACUUUUUUUGUCUUUCUCUUCUGAUUUUUGCUAGAUCGCUUUGAUCAUCUGCUUUCUCUGGUCAGUCUCUCCAGCCAAGAAAUCAGCCGAGCAGAAGACGUAAAAUUUAUCGCCGAUGUCAUCGCAGGGGGCACAUCAGAUUUCCCCUCCUCCUGUACCAGUCUCUCCUCCUUCAACUGGUGGUGUCCGGCGUCAUCACACGAUCUCAGCAUCAUCACGCACGGCGAGGGCUGGUGCUCGUGCUCCCAUUACUGAAGAAACACAGGAGCAACAACUUUGGAAUGAUGAUGAACCCGUUGAUGAGGAUUGGGUUGGCGGAGUUGGCGCAGUGGGAGAGAAAACUGUCUCAUUGCACCGGCAAAGUUCGCUCCCCACCAAGUAUAAGGCCUUCCAUGGGCAGAAAAGCUCACGACAGGCUGGAAAUCUCACCCCAAGGACUAUGAAUAGUUUGUCUGCCAUCGCUGGCCACGAAGGCGAUGAAGAGGACUGGGAAAGCGAAAUGAGAGGGUUUCAGAAUGAAGACGAACACGAUAUGUCCAAUUCUGAGUCUGCCCAGCAUCAACAAGUCGUUGACGCCCAAUCGCAGUCGUCUGCGGGCAAUCCAUCCCCUCUGUCGCCUCAAUUUUCAACUUCGCACGUCCCUUCCCCGCCUCCCGCCGGGUCGGGCGUGCGGCGUCACCAGAGCCUGACUUAUGGGGCUCAGAGUGGCGUCAGGCAAAUGACCUCUUCAGGGCUCAAGCGUGCUGGGACUGUUCAAGGCAGCGGACGUCAUCCCCCAGUCGGGCAUAGCCCCAGCCCUCCACAUGGAGAGGAGGAGUACAUCGAGGAACAGGAGCUUGUCAAUCCUUACGAAGACGAGUCCUACUUUGCUUCCCGGUCCCCUCCACCCGCACAGCAGCAGCUGCAGCAGCAAUAUGCUGGUCAAGGCCAAGGACAAUAUCCAACAAGCCCUAUGGGGCGGUCCUCUCCUUGGAACGCUCCUGGCACUGGGGAGUGGCGGACCCCUGGUGGAUCAUUUUCCGGGGCAGGAACCGGAAAUCCUGACGACCUCGCUCGCGCUCUAUCCAACCUCGACAUGAACAACAAUCUUUACGUCAGUAAUACGGGAUAUCAAGCAGGACAAUCUGCCCACCCUCCUCGGUUCCAACCCACCCAUCCACCGCCCGCCCUUUCCCCUGGGAUGCGCUCGGGCAACAUGCAGGGUGCCAACAACGGCUCGUCUCGUAAAUUGCAGUUGAACACUGAUCUUGAUGGGCGCAAGACCCCAACUGCACAGCCCGGACCGGCGCCCGGUAGUGCCCCCGCAUACGGUCAGCAGACUGGGGCUCAACAACAGAUGCACCAAUCGCGUGCUGGAUCCAUGAGCGACGCUGACCGUGCAAUGGCUGCCACCGGGGCUACGUCUUGGGAGCAAAAAGAGAAGCUUGGUCAACGCACUUCUAAUCCCAACCUGAACUAUCGAUACAAUCAGGGUCAAAAAAACAAUAUCCCUAAUGUGCCAUCCAUUCCUUCGCAGUAUCUUAAUCAACAAAGCGGUCCAGCUCCCCGAAUGGGGAGCUCCUUUGGCCAUGGACAGACACAAGGUGACAACAACACCCAGUCUGCUCCCGGGUUCAUCAACACUCCGGUUGACGUUCCGACCCUGAUCGCUGGAAAGGGAUAUAACCCGCCCAAUUUCGAUAUUCGCCCUGGUUUUGCUCGCUAUUUUGUCAUCAAGUCAUACACAGAAGACGAUGUUCACAAAUCUCUGAAGUAUGAGAUUUGGAGUUCUACUGAUCCCGGAAACAAGAGACUUGACAAGGCCUUCAAAGAAUGUGGUGGGAGGGGUCCCAUCUACCUGUUUUUCAGUGUGAAUGCUAGUGGUCAUUUUUGCGGAAUGGCGGAAAUGUUGACUCCAGUGGACUACACGAGAAGCAGUACAGUAUGGGCGUCCGACAAGUGGAAGGGGGUGUUCAAAGUGCGAUGGAUCUUUGUUCGUGAUAUUCCGAAUGCCAAUUUGAGGCACAUCCGCUUGAACAACACGCAAGAGCGUAAGCCAGUGACGAACUCCCGAGACACUCAGGAGCUGUUACCUGAAGCUGGUCAAGAAAUGCUCCGUAUUUUCCACACCCACCCUGCGAGAACCUCUCUGCUGCAGGACUUUGCCUUUUACGAGCUUCAAGCGAUGCAGAAGAUGCAGGUGAAUCAGCAGCAACCAGGGGGAGCAUCCGACGGUCCCACACCGCCAUCGCAAUCUCCUCCCCCACAACAGGCUAUGUUCUCGAUGAACAUGGCGAACAUGGCGAACACUCCCGCUAUGUACGGCGCAAUGUCGCCGGCCAUGGGCGGUGCUUUGUCUCCGCAUUUGCUCUCCAUGCAAAUGGGGAUGGGCAUGAUGAGCCCGCCCUUUGGUAUGCAGCAGACUCAGGCCAUGCACCAGAGUGUCAUGCGUCACCCUAGCCCUGGUCCCCCUGGACAGAACUUCAUGGGUAUGGGCAGCGUGCCCUACUGAAGCCAGCGUCUUCACGAUUUUACGACCUUUCCCUUUCCCUUUGCAGAGAAAUGCGAAAAACAUCUCAUCACUAACACUGGAUUUAGAUUUCUAUGUUUUGCGCCGAAUGUACUUCCUAUAGUGUGUAUAUCCGUCACCAUGUUGAGUUUCUCCAUCUUUCCAUCUUUCCUGCUUUCUCUUUCUCGUUCAAUCAUGUAACCAUAGCCUCUCUUGUCUCCCUUGUCGCACAUUCACCAAGACCGGAUAUGCUGUCAUCAUCGCUACUUACACUGCAGCUGUACAACGGCCAUGGACAUGGGACUUUGAAUGGACGUGGAUAUCCGCUUGUUCGCUACAUUGUAACUGUUUUGCCUGCUAUUCCCUAUCUAUGCUACACUGGUAUUACAGAAGUCGAGAAUUUCAUUGCUAUUUCCCCUAUUGUCCGUUCGCCUGCAAUAGCUCAUG